CGGAAUCGACACCUCAGUCGCUGUAGCUCUCUCGCGCACUCGAUCCCCUCCUACACCUAGGGCUUCGGAAGCCGCCGGCAUCCGGAGGCGAUGGCCAUGUUCGGAAGCCAGUUCGACGGCGCCGCCGCCUUCUCCGGCGGCGGCUUCAUGCCCUCCCAGUCCACCGCCCAGUUCCCCGCCGAUUUCUCUUCCGUCUCUCCCGCCAAAAGUCGUGACACCCAGUCUUUGCUUCCUGUGACGGUGAAGCAGAUAAACAAUGCCUUGGUAUCACAUGACGAAAAAAUCAAUGUCCUUAUUGAUGGUGUUGACGCGACUAAUGUGACUCUGUUGGGUAUCGUUUACAAUAAAGCUGAAAGAGUUACUGACGUUACCUUUUCCCUUGACGACGGGACAGGGCGGAUUGACUGUAAUAGAUGGAUCAAUGAACCUUUAGACACCAAUGAGAUGGAAGGAAUCCUGGAUGGCAUGUAUGUCCGGGUUCACGGACACUUGAAGAGCUUUCAAGGCAAAAGACAGCUCAAUGUUUUCUCUAUUAGGCCUGUGACUGAUUAUAAUGAGAUUGCGAGUCACUUUAUCGAGUGUGUCUAUGUGCAUGUAUAUAACACCAGGCUACAGAAAUCUCAAGUUGGGGCCGGCGUGCAGCCUCAGAUGACAAAUCCAAUUAUGAGCAACUCCAUGAAGCCACAUCCAGCACCCCCACCAAAUCAGUUACCUGGCCAGCAUAGCCUUGAUGGAUUUAGUCAGAAUGUCCAAGUGGUUUUGGAUUGCUUUCAUCGGUCUGAAAACCUGAGAUCGGAGAGGGGUGUACACAUCAAUGAUAUUGCUCAGCAAUUGAGUCUUCCAGUGGACAAGAUCAGGGAAGCUAUCCGUUAUUUGGAAGAGGAAGGUUUGGUUUACUCGACGGUUAACGACUUCCACUACAAAUCAACGACCAAUGCGUGAUGUCCAAGUUUUUUCCUCUAAAAAUAGCUUUCAGGAGAGACAUUCUGAAACAGUCUCCUACUGCUCUACUCUUUAGCAUGCCUGGCAGAGGGGGUAAAUGAUGUCCAAGUUUUUUCCUCUGAAACAGCUUUCAGGAGAGACAUUCUGAAACAGUCUCCUACUGCUCUACUCUUUAGCAUGCCUGGCAGAGAGGGGUAAAUGAAGGCCUACCUCUUUAGCUUGUUAUAAAGCCUUUUGUUCAACUUAUCUUUGUCAUGUACAUAGCGGGGCAUCUGGAAUU